AAUGUCCUCUUUUUCGACCGCCUCCAACGGUGCACCUGCGCCAUGCACGAUGGUUUUUACAAGGUUUUCAUGCCACCUCUCUGUCCGAACCAAGCGAGUUUUCUCCUUUUUACUGUAGCUAGUAGUGGUUCUUGUGGUCCGACUCUAUCACCUUAAAUUGCUAUCCAUACAUCUGUAAUGAAUUACUGUAAAGAUCUACUAUUUUGCAUAGUGACGUCCCUAAAAAUACAUUUAAAUCUUUGAUCAAGUGACCAAAAUCACCUCGGGCGGCCAUAGUCACCCCGGUUUACCCGAUAACAGAAUUAUUAUUCAGAGAUAAGUUACUGGUUGAACCAUUAUUUUGUUAAUCUAUAGCCUUCUGCUACCGACGUAUUGGUGCGGCUGAGGAGGGGAAACAAUAACUGCAUCGUGAAAGUAGAUAAAAGCGAAGCUGUUGAUAAGCUUUAGGGGUUGAUUUCACGUGAAGGGAUCGACAGGAAGGAGAAUAUUGAAAGGUCAGAGAUAACGAUGAUUCAACUUGUAAUUGUACUAAAUGAUAGUUUAUGAUAUCGUGUAAAGACAUGUGUAGCCCUGGAGUGAAUUGAAUUCUUGAAGUGUGUUUUACCAGCAGAAGGUGUGUUUUUCCUUGAACUCUCCCUAUAUGACAUGACUUUUGUUCUCGAUACGAGCAUUAGCACUCGACUACGGCAACUGUGAAUCACAGCUAGACAGAAGUACUUUCCCGAGAGACCAACCUACACCAUCCGAAAGAUGUAUGGCCGUCAAUCUACCUCAAUGCUGGGCAGUGUCCUCUACGUCAUACUGCUGACGUCAUGCUUUGAAGUUGUCUCAGCAGACCGCCAUUGUGAGAAGGUGGACGCGUGCAGUUGCCGGUACAAGGACAGCGGAGGACUUGUCACAAUGAGGACACUGGCUAGCCGGGACGGAACACCCAGGAUAGCCAUCGUCAGCUACGUAUGCGUGGAGCAUCUCACACAGCCCAGGUUUACGGCUUACGGCAAAAACGACUCCUCGCCCGGUUCCAACUACCUUUUCCAGCUCGAAUCUAUGUGUGCUUGUGAGAAUGCUUGUCUACCAGACGAAUCUGAGGGCCUCAGCGCAGGGUCUGUGCUGCUCAUUGUUUUCUUCGUGCUCCUGUUUGUUUACCUAGUCCUGGGUACCAUCCACGGUAAGGUCAGCCGCAAUGCCACAGGCCUCGAGAUGUUGCCAAACUAUGAGUUUUGGACAGGGUUGCCUGGAAUGAUCAGGGAGGGAAUUGUGUGUGUCGUGCAGUGUGCCUGUUGUCGACCAUCGAAGAAAACGUACGACGAGGUGUAGUCUGCUUGCAGCGGUGACUAAGGAAAAUCAUACUUUCGUGUUCAUCCUCGCCUCUAAUAUUGUAGCUCUAUGAUUGUACGAGAAGAUCAAUUGGUUGUUGUCGACUUUACACACACACACACAUCACACACACACA